AAUGAAUGGAAAGCAACGUCUUAUGCUUUCUGCAAAGGCGGUUUUGUAUGACUCUUCUAAUGUGAAGCUUUUUCGUUUGAAACCCUCUGAACAAUCCAGAUUUGGAGACGUGAUCGAGGUUCUAUCACAACCAGUAGUUCGUAUCAAGUGCAAGAUUGAUGAACUGUAUUUGUCACCAGAUAUAUAUUAUAGGUGUUACCUGAUAUUCAAGCUUUCAGAAAAAUGCCGUGGCCUACAUUGUCCUGUGAAAGUACGAGGUCCGCUCCACCGAAGUAACAAAGUGAUUAAAAAUCUUUACCUUAGGUCCCCAAAUGCAUGGAAUAUACAUGAUAUCGACCAGGUCCCAAAACAAAGAGAAGAUGGAUGGAUGGAGGUUAAUGUGUGGACAUUUAAAACGAAGGAUGUACAAAGAAUGUUUCAAGGUAUUAGUGUGAAUUUGAAGCUCAUAAGUUAUGAAGGAACAAUGUCGGGCCUUAUUGUAUGUGGGCUCGAGUUUCGGCCAACGUAAGCAUAAGCGUAGCAGAAAAUUCCGGCAACAGUGUAUUCUUAAAAUUAUGUUUUAGUAACUUUCAUUUUCGUCCAGAGGUUAUCUUAAUGUGGCUUCCGAAGAAAAACGUAAUAAAGUAGUUACUUUGUCAAAGUUUAUGUACUUUUUUGUGUAACGUGUGGCUUGAGGAA